AUGAUGAGCCUUUUACAAAUUGGGCCUGGCUUCUUAGAGAAGUGUACUCAUGGGUUAACUAAUGUAGCAACUUCAAAUAUUUUGGAUUUUAUCCGAGAAGUGUUACCAGAUGCAUCCAAAGUGCCUAACUCUUUUAAUGAGGCAAAGAAAUUGAUAAAAGAUCUGGGUCUUCAUUCUGACAAGAUUGAUGCAUGUCGUAAUGAUUGUAUGCUGUAUUGGAAGGAGCAUAAAGCAGCGACGUCUUGCCAUGUUUGUCAUGCUUCAAGGUGGAAAGAAACAGAGACUAUAAACCAAGAUGAUAUUAGCAAUCAGCCAUCUAAGAAAAAGUGGCAUGAUGAAGAAAGAGAUAAAGAUGAGUUAUUGAGGCAUCCGGCUGAUGGUGAGGCGUGGAAAGAGUUUGAUCUAAAGUACCCAAAUUUUGCUAAAGAAGCACGUAAUGUUCGUUUGGGGCUUGCAAGUGAUGGAUUUAAUCCAUUUCGAACUAUGAGCACACAACAUAGUACAUGGCCUGUUGUUCUAAUUAAUUACAACUUACCACCAUGGUUGUGUAUGAAGCCAGAAUUCUUGAUGUUGUCUCUCCUUAUUCUCGGGCUCACCUCUCCUGGGAAUGACAUUGAUGUCUACCUUCAACCAUUGGUUCAAGAACUUAAAGAUCUGUGGGAGUAUGGGUUGGAUACCUAUGACACGGAGAAGAGACAAACAUUCAAGAUGCAUGCAGCUUUACAAUCAACGACCAAUGACUUUCCAGUUUAUGCUAUGUUAUCUGGUUGGAGCACCAAAGGGAAGUUUGCAUGCCCCUAUUGUCACUACGAGACUGAUCAUCAUCACUUGAAUAAUAGUAACAUAUCUUGCUACUUUGAUCAUCGUCGAUGGUUAGAUGAAAAUUAUCCUUGGCGGCAUGAUAUGAAGUCUUUUAACGGAGAAAAGGAAGAGAGGAUAUCUCCAAAUCCUUUAACAGGGACUCAAGUUUCAAGCUUGUUGGAAAAUUGGGAAAACAAGUUUGGAAAAGUUACAACCAAAAAAGAAAUAUCCAGAUUGUCCAUGGAGAAAGUCCUCUAUCUUCCACACUUUGCCAUAUUGGAAAGAUUGCGGGUGUCGCCAUCAUUUGGAUGUCAUGCACAUAGAAAAAACAUAUGUGAUAGUGUGAUGGGAACUUUGUUAGACAUACCUAGAAAGUCAAAAGAUCAUCAUAAGGCUCGAUUAGAUCUGCAAGAAAUGGGUAUAAGGGAAGAAAUACAUCCUUUAGAUACAGAUGACGAGGGGUAUGUUUUGCUGCCUAAAGCAUCAUUCUCAAUGAAGAAGGCAAAGCUACCACAAGGUUGUGCAUCAAAUAUUGCAAGGUGUGUGCAAGUGAAGGAGGGAAAAAUAUUAGGGUACAAGAGUCAUGAUGCUCAUAUAAUAAUGCAACACUUGCUUCCCGCAGCAAUUAGGAAAACUUUACCAAAGCAUAUUGCAUUACCUCUUAUUAGAUUGAGUGGCUUUUUUAAAGAAAUAUGCAAGAGAGUCAUCAAUCCAAAAGAUUUAGAUCGCCUUCAAUCUGAAAUUGUUGAGACUCUUUGUGAACUUGAAAGAAUAUUUCCACCAUCUUUUUUUGACAUCAUGGUUCACUUGCUGAUUCAUUUGGUUGAUGAAAUAAAGCAUGGUGGACCAGUGUGUGAUUGGUGGAUGUACCCUAUAGAAAGAUACCUCGGAAAGCUGAAAUCGUAUUUGCAUGCUGGUGCAAAGAAGCGAUCUAAGUGGUUUAACACAAGUAAGGAGAAAACUGAUGAAAUUGACGAAGAGUCACCUUUAUUCCCUAAGGCAGGUUAUCCUCUUGGGAGGAAGAAGAAAGGGAAGAAGAAAGGGAAGUCAUACACUCUUGAUUCAAACACAAUGGUGUAG